UUUGUAGCUGAUUCUCAAAAGUACCUCUCGAUUGAUUUAGUCAUUGCAUCUGAAGAUGUUGUUAACUAUCCUCAGGAGUUUUUAAACUCCCUAACUCCAUCAGGAUUUCCACCCCAUAAGUUGAGUUUGAAAGUUGGAGCUCUGAUUAUGCUACUACGUAAUCUUCAACCUCCGAACCUGUGUAGUGGAACCAGACUGAAAAUUAAAACUCUGCAAAAUAAUGUUAUAGAAGCUACUAUUUUGACAGGUCCAGCAUCACGACAAAUAGCUUUUAUUCCAAGAAUUCGGAUAAUACCAACUGAUUUACCUUUUCAGUUCAAGCGUUUACAGUUUUCUGACAAAGUUUCUUUUGCGAUGACAAUUAACAAGUCACAAGGACAAACUUAUAAUUUCAUGGAGGUAUCUGAAAAUAUUAUGGUAUCCUAA